GGUAGUAUUUCGACAACCCGGCAGCUGAUUCCACAACGCCAAUGGCAAGCGCGUUCCCCCAGCGGGACGCAGUAAUGGGUAGUGUGGCCAGCGUUCAACGCACAGUCAACGGUGCGCACCCACGAAGCACGACAGGACGAUAAUAAUCUAAUAGCCUCAAUACAUAAGUGGUAAAAACAGUUUUUUACUUUUUAUUUAUUUUUAGUACGUAUUAUUGUCGAUGCAUGCUGUGGCACGAACAGGAAGACUUCGUCGUUCCAUGGACUGUUUUGGCUCUCUUUUCUUGCUCGAUGCGUGUAGCUCGCAGGAUUUUUAGGCUUACAGGAGCAGCAGAGUGUUUGCAUCGCCGUGUCUGUGUUGCGUAAGAGGGUGAUCUAUGUGUUACUGGAGGUAGCGAGCGUUGGGCGUCUGUGAUUUGGCUUUCCAGCGACGCAUUUUGCACCAGGUUUGAGUGAGAAUGGGUUGUGUUUGCGGUGGGGUCGUGGUGGUUUUGGUCUAGGGUUUCGUGGGUGGGGAUAGGAGAGCUAUGGAUCAGUAUUGGAAGGUUUUUGGUGGUGGUGUAAGGUGUUGAGAGGUUGAAUCUUGGUAAGGCUGUGUUUUCGAUGGUUAGUCGCAGAGUUUGGCCUUUGUAAGUGUAGAUGGUCACGUGGUUGAUUUAGGUUGUAGCACAGAUCUUGAUGAAUUGGCGAAGACGCAGGUAGCGGCAGAGGAGCUGUAAGAUCCCAAUAGCAUGGCUCAAAUCAGGCGGCGUGGAGUAUUUAGGCAGAGGGCAGAAUCACCUAUGGCAGACAUGUCGCCUCCUCCUGAGAGUAUGUCGUCCCAGGCGCUGGUCAAUUCCAUAGUGGCUCUAGCGCAGCAGGUUGCUAGUCCCGACAGGCCGCAAUUGUGUCAGAAGCGGAACGCGGCAAAUCUUACCCGCAGGAUUAAGUUGUUGUCUCCACUGUUCGAGGAGAUUCGUGAUACAAAUCCGCCGAUGCCUCCAUCUGCGCUAAUCGCAUUCCGGGACAUUUUCCAUGUGAUGUCCAAGACAAAGGAGUUGUUGGAUGACUGCAGGGAAUCUAGUGUUUUCUUGUUAGUCUUUAGAAACAAAUCUACGUCGGAGAAAUUUCAUGAAAUUACCGUAAGCUUGGCUUCUGCUCUGGAUGUUUUGCCCCUAGAACUUCUUGAAAUCUCUGACGAAGUCCGAGAGCAGGUGGAGCUGGUUAAGUUGCAUCUUCAGCGAGCCAGUCUUAUCGUGGACCCAGCGGAGGAUGCACUAGCGGAGGAGGUGAUCGAACUUUUGGCUCAAUUCGAGAGGAAAGAGGAGCCUGACGCUGCGCAAUUGCAAAAGUUGUUUUCGAAGUUGGAGUUAAAAAAUGCGAGAGACUGUGAGAAGGAAGUGCAGGCACUGGAAGCAGGGUUGGAGUUUGUUGAUGAUGCAGAGGAAACACUCGCUUCUGUGACUAAUCUCGUAGUAUUUGUUCGCUAUGGAAAGUGUGUCCUCUACGGGGUGGCCGAGAUGGAGAGUGGUUCUAAUGGGCCUCGAACUUCAUCUGGUGAGGGCGACAGCGAGGUCUCUACGAGCGGACGAAGUGAUGUAGUUGUGAAUCCUCCUGAUGAGUUUCGCUGCCCCAUCUCUCUCGACCUCAUGCGCGAUCCAGUGAUUGUCGCCACUGGUCAAACCUACGACCGCAUCUCAAUUUCCAAGUGGAUUGAGGCAGGUCAUCUUACAUGCCCAAAGAGUGGGCAGAAGCUUGGUCAUGUGAACUUGAUCCCUAAUUACGCACUACGGAGCCUGAUCUCACAGUGGUGCGAAGACUAUCAUAUUCCAUUUGAUAAGCUUGAGAAAGGUUCCAAAGGAGGAGCAGGGAAUAACCAGGUAGCGACUUCGAAGGCUGCCCUUGAAGCAACCAAAAUGACGGCAUCUUUUCUGGUGGGUAAGCUGGCCACAGGUUCUCCCGAGGUGCAGAAACAGGUUGCGUACGAGCUGCGGUUGCUUGCCAAAUGCGGCACGGAGAACAGAAUGUGCAUAGCAGAGGCAGGGGCAAUUCCAUAUCUUGUCACGCUUCUCUCGUCAAAGGAUCCCAAAACCCAAGAGAAUGCCGUUACCGCGCUUCUCAACCUCUCAAUUUAUGAUAACAACAAGCCAUUGAUAAUCGAGGCUGGCGCUCUGGAUCCUAUCAUAGAUGUCCUUAGCUUCGGUGCAAGCAUGGAGGCCAGGGAAAAUGCUGCGGCAACGCUUUUCUCUUUGUCUGUGGUGGAUGGAUACAAGAUCGCGAUUGGCAGGAGACCAGCUGCCAUUCCUGCUCUCGUGGCACUUCUCAGGGACGGCACACCGCGAAGAGGAAAGAAAGAUGCCGCUUCUGCCCUCUUCAAUCUUGCUGUCUAUCACGGCAAUAAGUCUGCCAUUGUAGAAUCGGGCGCUGUUACGAUCCUGGUUUCUCUUCUUGGGGAAGAAGAGGGUGGCAUUGCCGAUGAUGCAUUGAUGGUCCUGGCACUCGUGGCAGGAUCAACUGAGGGCCUCACAGCCAUCGCCGAGGCAUCCGCCAUUCCCAUUUUGGUUCGGAUGCUGAGGGUGGGGACUCCAAAGGGCAGAGAGAAUGCCAUUGCCGUGUUACUAGCUCUCUGCAGGAAUGGAGGAGAACGAAUUGUCUCCGCCGUCAUGCAGGUUAACACUGCAGUUCCUUCAUUAUACUCAUUGCUCACAAUGGGCACUCCACGAGCGAAGCGCAAAGCAAGCUCCCUCCUGAAGCUUCUUCACAAAAGGGAUCCGGCUGACCAUCAGAAUCCACCGAGCACCAACUUUGUACCGACAACUCAACUUGGGCAGGUAGCAACUAGGCAGUAACCUAACCCGUUGGGGAACACCGACUAACUUAUAGGAUAUAGGGAAUUGGAGAGCGCGUUUCGCUCUCAUAGUGUAGCAGUGUGUGCUGCCUGUGUACAAAAUUAGUUUAGCUCCAUGUUCUCGAUUCUUUCUGGGGCUGUUGAUGGAGCACAUCCGCAAGUAUGUCUUCCAUAUCCUCGUAAAUCCUCCAAUAUAAUUUUUUCGGUGUAAUCUGCAGUAUGCACUUCUGCAUUUCUCA